GUUUGUAGUGCUAGUAAUUUAUAAAUAAUAUGAUAUAUUUCUUUGAAGUUUUUUCAUCUCAUAAAAAUAUCGAUUAUUUCGUUGUGUGAACGCUAGUGAGGAAUUUACGAUGCGCAAUCAGAAAUGGAUCUUCGAAGUGCGUGAACAUCAUUUUCAUUUGAAAACCUUCUCACACGUUUUCCUGAUUCCGUGAAUUGAACAGGGGAAGGAAAAUUCAUUGCAUGCGGUCGAGUGAAGCGAAAGCGUGCGACGAUUCCGCGGAAUGCGCUGCAAAAAGACACGAAGGUGACGAUCAACGUCAGGAAAAAGGAUCGGACGUUUGCCGAGAGCGGGGAACUUGCUAAUAAAAAUCAUCGGAAUUACGAGCCUGUUCGACUGUUCCUUAUCCCACCCCCACUCGCGAUAUGCUAACAAGAGAGGCGAGAGUAGAAAUAUAAACACCAUCCGUAAGAUUGUGUCGUGAAAUCGUUGAUUCCGAUCGCGGCGGUCGUUCAGAUCGUUUGGAUUAAGUGUCGAAAGUGAACUCGCUCGAACUGAAAGUGCUUUUUGGAAAGAUACCGCGAGAAUGUUUCUGCAAUCGACGAUUUUCACCAUAUUUCUCAGCAGUCUCGCCGUAUCGGCCGGUCCCGAUAUGGAACUCCAGCUGCUUCACGUGGUAUUGCGCCACGGUGACAAAGUGCCCCAUCGAGAGUUCCAAAAUUACCCCAAUGAUCCACAUCGCAACCACUCUUACUAUCCGAUGGGUAACGGCGACUUGACCAAUCAAGGCAAGAUGCGGGAGUACAAAAUCGGGACGAUGCUGCGCGAGAGAUACGAUCAAUAUUUCGGACCGGAUUAUUGGCCGGCCAAGAUCUAUGCCCGAUCCACGGACGCCCCGCGAACCCAGCUGUCUCUCCAGUUAGUCCUGGCGGGAUUAUUCCCGCCCUCCGAGAGGCAAACCUGGAAUCCGCAUUUGCCCUGGAUUCCGACAUGGACGUUCUUCGUGCCGUACAAGACUGACAACCUCUUGUUUCCGCAUUACUGCUAUCGAUACAAGGAAGAAUAUCAACGGUUCCUUCAGCUAGACAGUGUGAAAAAAUUAAUCAAUAAAUACAAGAAUGUAAUGGACUAUUUGACGGAUCACACUGGUAAACUGAUUAACACUACGGACGCAGUUACCUUCUUGUACAAUCUACUGAAGGAAGAGGCUGAUCAAAAUUUGACGCUGCCAAGGUGGACUCAGAAUGUUUUCCCGAGCCCGAUGAACGAGAUAAUAGAGUUAGAUUUCAAACUUCGAUCGUACACAAAAACCUUGAAGAGAUUAAACGGAGGUGUGCUGCUUCGCAAAAUCGUGGAUGACAUUCAAGAUCAUCAAGCGGGAAAAGCGUCGCCUGACAGGAAAGCUUUUCUAUUUGGUAGCCACGAAUUCAACAUAGCUGCCCUUAUCUACGCUUUAGGAACGAACGAACCAACGGUGCCAGCUUAUGGCGCCACGAUCAUUUUAGAGACUCUGCGGGACAAGAAGGGAAUUUAUUACGUACGGGUUUUACUAUGGACUGGCGUUACGGAACAAUUGAAAGUACAAACGAUCCCAGGCUGCGCGGAGAUUUGUCCCUUUGAGGACUUCCUCGGCAUUGUGAAGGACAUUCUGCCGAACGACGACGAGUAUUACUGCCGGCGGGAGAAAACGAUGGAGGAUUUUAAGCCGAACGCUCAUCAUCGAUCGUCGGCGACAUGUAUCGCCGACUUCGGAUCUUGGUGGUACAUCUUUCUCACCGUUUUCCUCGCGUUCACGUCGAAAUUCGUGCAAAAGUGAUUCCCGUCAGCGCAAGCUGGAAUUUUAGAUAUUUAUUCCUUUUUUUAAAAUUUUUUUCGCAGAAAAAGAUACGAGCAGAAAGAGCUACGUGGCCUUAAGUUAAAGGGAAAUAGUUGCGAAAAUAAUCGGCGCGCAGCACGCGUUUCUGACCGAUAUCUCUGUAUCGGAAAUACUUCGCCGAACUAUGAGAACGUUCGGGAAGCCCGGCGAGGUUGCGGCUGUGCGUUUCGCUACAUGUGCUGCGGUUACCGCGUUGAUGCAUUUUACCGCACGCGUUGUUAUGCACUGUCGCGUUAUACACAGACCACUGUACAUAUGUAAAUAGCUAUCGGUAUAACGAUUUAAUAGUAGCCGAUAUAUCGUAAUCAUUUGGAAACAAACAUAUCUAUUUCACUUAUAGAUGCGUAUUCUCGAGAAUAUGCACUGCAAAACAUUUUCGACUCUAAAUAUCGUAAAAUUAUAACAGAAAAAUGUUUUUUUCCAUUUGAAUAGGUGUGACAUUAAAGCGGAAUUAUGUACGUUAGCAAGUUAGUACAUAAGUAUGUCAUCCUAUACUAAUAUUUUUUACAAAUAGAAAAUUUAAUAAGUUUUAUAUUUUUAUCCUGUUACACAUAAAAGGACAUCUGAAAGAUAAUAUUUAUAGCAUCCUUUAAAUACAAAUAAUAAAUACGUAUCCCUUGCUUCAAAAGUGAUACAACUAAAAAAAUUAAGUUUUUCAGAGAAAAUAAAAGAAUUAUUUUUCUCAACUUGAUAGAAAAUUAUUAACUAAUCAAAUAAUAUUGGUAAAAAAAAUAUAUUCUUAACAUGAUCAAAUAUCAUUUUUAUCAUUUUACGAUCCUUCAAAUAUCAUUCUUUUUGAGUUGUGAUGAUUUUGACAAUUUUUUAUGAAAGUUAAGUUAUUUUUGGUGAUUGAGAGAUGAGAGAUAAGAUAACGUUUAUCUAAUUCAUUUAUGGCAAUAACUCGAAAAUUAUAUUUUUAUUUGUAUAUCAGAGCCUAAUAUGCUUAUUUGAAUUUUAUAUUUUUUUAGUUGCGUCACUUUUGAAUCAAUUAAAAGUACAAUACAUACAUAUAUACAUUUAAUAAAAUAUACAGUAUUAAACUCUAUAAUAUACUGAAAGGAAAAUCGCCAUUAAAGUAAACGAGCUAAUAGAGAUG